CCACCACAACCACCAUCACCAGUCAUCAACAACCAAAAAACAAAAAGCAUCCUCCCGACACUCCCAUCGAACCACACACGCAGCACCGCGCGCGCGCCCUCCCAAUGCGAUCGUCCCCCUCCAGCCUGAUUCGCCCUUCUCGCUGCCCCGGACUCUGACAGCGAGCCGCCCUUGCUUCCUGCGACAAGCUCCGCUCGCCUCCGUAGCUAAAUUCUAUCUCGAACGAGCCACGCCGCACCUACCGGCCAUGGCAGACAGCAAGCUUACCGACCAGCAGGUCGCCGACCUCGUGGCUAUCCUGCGCAGCGAUUCGACCCUCGACGCCAAGGUCCAGCUCGUCACCACAGUCAAGUCGUGCAUCAAGCAGCACAACGUCCCUGAGACCUCAGUGCCCCUGCUCUUCGACGGUCUGCGCGCCGCGUCGUCAUCCCAGCACUCGGCGCUUGUCAAUGCCGGCUUCACUGCCCUGAACCACCUCCUCACGCGCCUGUCCCGCCAGGACCCGAAGCUCCUGGCCAAGGAGGCCGUCCGCACCCUGCCGCUUGUCAUCGAAAAGCUCGGCGACCAAAAGGACAAGUUCCGCGGGUUGGCUCUUCAUGGCCUCAACACCUUCUAUGCCGUGGCUCCGCAGGAUGUUGAGCGCGUCGUGCGCAAUUCGGCCAUGAGCGGCAAGAACCCAAGAGCCAAGGAAGCUGGUAUGCAGUGGCUUCUGCAGGGACUGCAGUUCAGGAGCUAUGUGCCGCUCCUAAUGGAGCUGCUUGAGGAUGCGGACGGCAUGGUCCGAGACGCGGCUAAAAGCACCGUCAUUGAACUAUUCAAGACCGCACCGAACGCGGCCAAGUCUGAUCUCAAGCGACAGCUCAAGAACUUCAAAGUCCGACCUGCUAUCGAACAGGCCAUCGUCAAGGCCCUCGCUCCGACCGGCGGCCGACCAGACACACCAGGUGACGUGACGCAUCCGACCCGCCCGAAUCUCGCCGCCAGUGUGUCCUCCAUCGGGAGCGAGCGUCCCGUAACCCCCGCCGUUGAUGUCCAAGCCGAACCCAUCGAGCCCAUGUACGUCAACACCCAUCGCGAGCUGGAGGAUAUGUUCCGCGAGAUGGCGUGGCACUUUGAGGGCAAAGAGACGGAGCAAAACUGGAUGAAGCGCGAGCAAAGCAUGGGCACUCUGCGGAAGCUCAAUGCCGGCAAUGCGCCGGCUGACUUUCCCGACUCCUUCCUCGCCGGCUUGCGAAGCAUGCUGGACGGCAUUAUCAAGGCCGUCAACUCGCUGCGCACCAGCUUGUCCAAGGAGGGUUGCGGACUGGUUCAGGAUAUUGCCAUCACGUUUGGCCCUGCCAUGGACCCCAUGGUGGAGCUGUUGAUGCAGACGUUCGUCAAGCUUUCUGCCGGCACCAAGAAGAUCAGCUCGCAACUCGCCAAUACCACUGUCGACACCAUCAUCGGCCGUGUGAGCUAUACGGCUCGACUGAUGCAGCACAUCUGGAGCGCCUGUCAAGACAAGAACGUGCAGCCCAGGUUGUACUCGACCGGCUGGCUCAAGACGAUUUUGAAAAAGGAGGCGCACCACAAGAGCCACAUCGAGCACAGCGGGGGCGUUGAUCUGAUGGAAAAGUGCAUCAAGAAGGGCCUCGGAGAUGCCAACCCAGGAGUGCGUGAGAAGAUGCGGUCAGCGUACUGGGCAUUCUGGGGCGUUUGGCCUGCACGAGCCGAUGCGAUAAUGGCCGACUUGGAUUCCACGGCGCAGAAGCUCCUUAAUAAAGACCCCAACAACCCCAACUCGCCCAAGAAGUCCGCGGAUCCUCCAGCCCGGCCGGGCCUUGGCUUGUCUAGGAGCACCAUGACCUCGAGCAAACCGAGUCUGCGCGAAGCCAUGAUGGCCCAGAAAAAGGCACUUGCCGCCAAGAACCUCCCUGCGCGCCCGGGCUCUGCUAUGGCACAUAUUUCCCCCGUCCGAACGACUACGACAACGAGCAGCUCCAGCCAUGCCGCAGCCCCCGCAAAGCCAUCCGGAACGCGAAUGCGUCCCGAGCCGACUACCGCCGUCAACGCCGGAGGUAUGUCAGUGGCUCCUAUGCGGCCGGCUCGAAGGAGGCCGGAGAUGGCAGCUCGACCAGCCACGGCUGGGCCUUAUUCAGUCCGGGACCACCCCUCCUCGCUUGAGGUCGACAGUCCCGAGACUCUCAAAUCCAAGCACGCCACCCCAAAGCCAAGAGACACGACCCCGAAGAGGACCGCGCCGCGCACUAGACCCGGCCAUGUCACACAUGCUAGCGAAUCGAGUGUCGCGUCUCCAGCGGUGCACUCGCAAGUGUCCAAGAUCCCAUCGCCAAAGGAAAGCCCAAGCAGGUUCCGUCAAUCGCGCACGACGAUCCCAUCGUCCAGUCCCUCCAAGGCGAACGAAGACAUUACGCUUGUUGUGCCGCAAAUGUCGAGCAUCAGGACAUCGUCGCCACAAGCACCACGGCCGCCGAGAAUGCCUCUUGAUGCCGAGUCGACGCUGAUUGCUUCCCCGACUCAGCCCGAAAUACCGCAAGAAUCAUCUUCUCGCACCUUGCAGGUGUACGAGGACCCCUUCACGGAUGAUCAGGCGACACCCAGACCCACAUUUACAUCUCCUGUCCUUGAGGACAAGCCAGUGAACGAGGAUGCAGCGAACCUCCUAAAGCCCAACGGCAAGGAGCCCACGGUGGAGCAGAUCGAUUCUCCCGAGAAGGCUAGACAAAAUAGCCGUCUGCUGGACAGCGGUAUCGCCAAGAUCAAAGCCAAGUCGCUGGAGGUUCAUGGCUUCCGCAAGCUGCAAUCACUCAUCCGUGACAGCAGGACCGUCUUCACCGAUGACAAGUUUGAAGCGUUAGUCCUUGGUCUGUUCCAGUUCCUCGAAGACACUCUCCCCACCCUCCCUGCGGACAAGGCGCAGGACGUCAAGGCUCAGGCCCUCACGACUAUCAAGUUGCUGCUUCGCAAGGAGCGUGACAACUUCCGACCGCACGUCUCCAAGGCCCUCGAGUCUCUCCUACAGACGCGAAGCGCAUACGAUUCCCGUGCUCAUGUCGUUAGCGGCCUUGAGCUCCUCGCCGACGAGCUCGUGGCCCUUGGCGAUGGGUCCGAGAUGGUCGUGGUGCUCACUCGACGCCUUCAGUCCUGUUCCGACACGACCACGGAGGGGUGCCGCACCCUCAGCAUGGGCCUCCACGUACUGCGCGAGAUGCUUGAUAAGCGACUCGAGUUCAUCCCCAACGAGGGCGAGCUUGGCCAGCUCACCAGCCUCGCCGGGGGAUGCAUCGAAUCGGCGGACUCGGGAGUCCGCAUGGACGCCGUCAAGUUUUGCGUGUCUUUGCACGAGCGCGUGGGUGAGGCAGCAUUCUGGGAUGCGCUUCGCGGCGUGAAGGAAGACCCGAAGAGCCUCAUCACCUACUACAUCGUCAAAAAGCAGCGCGAGCAGGUCUUUAGCCCUGCUGGUAGCGCCGCGGCUGCUUCUUGAGCGAGGGGUCAAUCGAAGACUUGCCGUUAUUGUAGAUGCAGGAAAGCGCACGGUGUAGGCGUUUACAACACGAUGAUGGGUCUGAUGGAAGGAAUGAAAAGCGUGCGCUUAUUUAUGCUGUUUUGUCAUGUUAUGCUGGUUUGCGUAGCCAGCGCGCCGGUGUUGGAGUUGGUCUUUGGGGAUGAGGCGCAUGGGCGUAGUUUGUGUAGAGACAUUGUAAUAUAUUGGAUGAAUAUGGUACGCAGCUCACGCGCUGUCCUAGAAUCAUCAGAG